UGUCAUAUCUUUUUCUUUUGUUACCUACAGAAACAAGACACAGCCGAUACCAGCAGCAUUCGAGGAAGCCCAGAAACCAGUGACUCCCAAACGGGUGACGUCUCAGAGUCUGAGGGCUCAGAACCCGGACAGGUUCAAGACCCAGCCGGUCACACCCAAUGAACUCAAACAGAUCAGACAGAUGAUGGACCCGGUACAGACCACCAGCUCUAUCAAAGAUAGGUUAAAGGCCCUACAGAAGAAUGGCGAGGAAGGAUGGAAGCAGAGAAUCAGCAAAUACGAGGAUUCACCCCAAUCAGGUCUGAAGGAAAGACUAAACUUGCUCAAUCACAACAGCAAAUUUGAGAAGAAUAAUGAGGCUGAUGACUUACCAAACAACCAGGGUAGUAUAUCGGAGAGGUUACAAGCCCUCAAGGAAGAUGGAACAGCCUGGAGAAAGAGGAUAGAAGAGAAGGAUGUCGAUAACUUCACCGUCAGCGGGAAACUAAAGCAAGCGGGUAAAGUGAGUGCUGAGGAAGCAGAGACGAAACCACAGACCAAACUCAAGAGAGCUGGUAGCAAUCGCAAACCCAGACCUGGAUCAUUUAGGAUAACAAUCAAGAGAACAGAUAGCGAUAACAGUAUCAACAGUGAUUCACAAUCAUCGAGACAUGAGAAUGGAAAUGAAAUUUCGAGCAGCGGCCUAACAACGACCACCACUGAAUCAGAAGACUCGGAGCCAGACUUCAGGGUUAUCAGGACAACGGUGACGGUGAUGAAGCCGGACGAUGAGGGCUUCACAGACUUCUACGCAAGCUCCACCAAGUUCAUGGAUGAGACGAUCACGCCGACAACGACAUCGACUACCUCCAAGAGCAUCACCAAGAAGGUGGAGAAGAAGGAAACGUUAAAGCUUACAGUGUCCGACUUUGAUGCUUUAACAGAAGGCACUGGACACAGCCUUGGUAUGGCCUCAGCACACAGAAGAUCCCUCAGGCCACAGAGGCGGACCAGACCUUCCGCUAACCCACUGAGGACGAUGAAGACCAGGCCUAACAUCGUGUCUGAAUACACAGAGGAGAGGAUAGAACUGGCCGAGGUUCCAGAGACAAAGAAGCCAAAGUCAGAUUCACGUAAAGAAAAUGCCAGUAAAGCAGCAAGUAAAGCUGCAAGGGCGGGUCUAGCGAGCAAAGAGGACAUCGCACAAGGAAAGACAAAGCUCACAACAGUCAAAGAUGUACGAGAAAUGGGCGGUAAUUUAUCAGAGCUAUUACCCUACAAAGAGAUCAUGCUUAUUCAUGUCAAAGGUCGGAGGUUUGUCCAAGUACGAUUGGUGGAGCCGAAGAUGACAUCACUCAACAGCGGGGAUUGUUUCAUCUUGGUCACGGCUGCCGAGAUCUUCCUCUGGAUAGGAGAGUAUGCCAACGUCAUUGAGAAAUCCAAGGCCACGGAGAUCGCCGCGCAUAUACAGCAGAAACGUGAUCUAGGAUGUAAAGCACCCUCUGUGACGGAGAUCAAAGAAACCAAACGGAAGACAAGUCAUUCCAGGGGAUGGAAGAGGUUCACAGAGUUACUAGGAGGAGAGACCAAAUAUAAAGAUGUUGGUGCUCCAGAUGAGGAUGAAAUGCACGAGAUCUACAUCACAGAGACCAACAUGGUUUAUAGGGUAGAAGGAGACAGUCUGGAGCCCUAUGAGGCUUACUGGGCGGCACCUGGGAAGUACAACAUGCUGGAUUCCAAUGAGGUGUUCGUCUUUGACUUUGGAAGUGAGAUCUAUAUAUGGAGGGGUAAGGCUGCAUCCAAGAGGAAGAGGAAAGCAGCCGCUCAGCUUGCCCAGUUGCUACGGGAACGAGGAUUUGACUACUCCGACUACGAUGUGAACCCCAUCAAUCCCAAUGAUACCAAGAACAUGGUGAAGAAUGAGAGACCCGACUGGACGCUCAUCGGGAAGGCUACACAGCACAUGGAGACAAUUCUCUUCCGGCACAAGUUCAUUGACUGGCCGAGGGAGACAGACUCAUCCAAGAAGAACGGUCAGGAGGAAGACCAAAAGUCGGACCCAAUAUCUGAGCUUGUUCCGUUUGAUGCCAAACUCAUGAUCCAACCCAGCAGAGAGAAAUCUGAUCUUAUACUGGAAGGUACCAAUCUAGGCAGAGGGGAUGGACUGGCUACUUCAAAUGAUAGUGAGAUUGAAAUACCAGCAUUCUUCAGCAAGAUUGACAGGAAAGGACAGAGGAUCAACACAAUAUCUGUGGUUGUAUGGCACGUUCUAGAGUAUGAACACACCGUAGUACCAGAGGAGAGCUUUGGGCAGUUCCACGAAGGGGAUACGUACGUUAUCAGGUGGCUGUAUAACGUUGAAAACACAGGUAUGAAGAGCUUGAAGGGUACAGCCUCCAAGUGGGGAGGAUCCCAGGGGCGUGAGAGGUGCGCCUACUUCUUCUGGCAGGGGCAGCAGAGCACCAUCAACGAGAAGGGGGCGUCGGCCCUGAUGACGGUGGAGUUGGACGAGGAGAGGGGUCCUCAGAAGCAGGUGGUCGAGGGCAAGGAGCCAGCGGCUUUCUUCCAGCUCUUCAGGGGCAGGAUGGUGGUCCAUGUGGGCAAGAGAGAGGAUGAAGAAACAAACACAAAAGGCCCCUUCAGGUUAUACUGCGUGAGAGGGGAACACACCAAAGAGACCAGUCUAAUGGAAGUCCCGGCUAAGAUGAGGAGUCUCCGGUCCAGGACCUCGUUUGUCCUUCUCAAUCUUAGUGGAGUCCAUAAUAAGAAGUCUAGUAUACAUCUCUGGCACGGUGCCAAGGUCUCCAAGGCAACCAAAGAAUGCGGGCAGCAUGCUGCUGCUGCUCUCAAAGAAAAUCUUCCACUAGAGGCAGGUGUCUCAACCGAGUGCAGUGUCACGUUAGAAGAGAUGGAGGAAGGCAAGGAAUCAGCUGCCUUCUCCAAGGCUAUGGGCAAAGAUAGAAAUACAUAUGAUAGUGCAAUAAAUGAUCCUCUCAAGUACGAGUAUACACCGAGACUGUUCCAGCUGACCAGCGGUUCAGGGGUGUUUGUAUCCAACGAAAUCCUCUACCCUGCAAGGUCGACAGAGUACCCCUCUCCGUACCCCUUCCUCCAGUCAGACCUAUAUGGUGGGGAUCAGCCAGAUCUCUAUGCCUUAGACAACCACUAUGAGAUAUACCUCUGGCAAGGUUGGUGGCCUGCUGAUCAUGAGUCGGCGUCAGGGACGACUAAGACCGGCUCGGCGAAGAUCAGAUGGGACAUCGAUCGGAAGCUAGCCAUGGAGACCAUCAUGGCCUACUGCAAAGAAAAGAGGCCGAAGAGCCCACCCAAAGCUUACCUGGUCUAUGCGGGACUUGAACCUCUAACCUUCACCAACCUGUUUCCUUUCUGGGAAGUCAGAGAAGAUGUCAUGAAGCUCAACAAAGAGAGUGGUAAGAAGAGCGGCAAGGCUAUCUUGGUCAAGGACAUCCUGGCCAAGCUGACCAAGGCUACCUACAGCUUGGAGGAGAUCAGCAAGAGACCGUUACCCGAGGGUGUCGAUCCUCUCAAGCUCGAGACGUAUCUCUCAGAUUCGGAUUUCCAGAGUGUCCUGAGUAUGACCAAAAAUGAGUUCUACAAACUGCCAAUGUGGAAACAGAAGAACCUCAAGAAGUUCAAUGCCCUCUUCUAAACAGAAAAACCAUUGCUAUGCUAGGCAGGACUGAAAAGAAUUCUAGUACAUUUACAUACCAAGCAGUGAAAUGACAAAUGGACUUGGAUGAAGACUAGUGCUGCUGUGCUCUGACACACCAAAUCGAGUGGACUUGGUUGGAGACGUAUUUUGAAUGAUAUGUAUGGAGUGAAAUAUUGCGAGUUUUGGAAAGGAUUUGUGACUAUGUGAAGAGGAAUUUGAUUGUUUUUACAUCCCCUGAAGAGGAGAAAAUCAGAUGGAAUCGGAGAAGCGACUGCCAUUUUGGAAUGCAAUAAGUGGAGCAGCAAAGAAUCCCCAUUUCCAGUAAAUCCAACAGAGAAUACAGCACCCAAAACAAACCUGCAACAAUUGUUCUCUGUAAUCUCAAGAUUUUAAUCGUAAUAUUUUAUAUUCAUUGUUUUGUUUAGAUGAUUAAUUUGUUUAGAACUUCCCACUGUGAAUUUUCACUGAACUUAACGUCUUCCAUUUUAAUGACUGAAAUUGAUUUCACCUGUGACUUAUUAUUUAUAGACAAAUCAUUAAGCAAUAAACCAUAGGAAUAAUUUCAGAUUGUGUUUUAGAUGAGUAGAUGGCACUAAUAUCAAUAUAUCAAGAUAAGUCUUUAAAUUUUAGACCUUGUUUAGAUGAAUAUGACUUAACUUCUUGAUCGAUAUGUAAACAAUAGUGACUUAUUUUGAACAUUUUGUUUAGAAAGGUGAAUAUUUGGAAUGAAUAAGACUAAAAAAAAGGACUUCUAUAAAAGCUCUGAAAGAAGAAGUUAAAAGUGACUACUUUUUGGUAUAAGAUCCUGUUAAUAUAUAGAACUUGAAGAACAAAAUUUGUCUCUGUAUGAGACUUGCUGUGCAUCAGUGAUGUUGGUGGUGGUGUGGGUGUGGAUAGUUGUGAAUUAUGGGGCACUCAAGACGAAAGUUGGGACAGACGAAAGGGGACGAAAUUCUUGUGUGUGAUGAGAAAGGAAAAAGGGAAGAGAAGCUAAAACAUUUCAAUAAUCUGAGUGUUGGAAGUGAAGUGAUAAAGCAAUGGAACAAUUGAAACAGAAACAGAUCAAAUGAAUGUUGCCAUUGUGAAGAGGUCAAAGUGUACGAGCAAUCGAGGCAGGGUCUUGAUGAAGAGAGGAUUGUUUUAUAUCUGUCUGCCAAUAAAAAACACCUUGUGAAACAAAGAAGAAAAAAGAACUAUAAAAUAUACAAACUCAAAGAAAUUAUAUACUCUGUUCUGUGUAAUGCGGGGCUCCAUCACACUGUAUACAAUGACUCCAAGACAACUGUAAAUAUACAUGGUCUGGACUUUUUUAGAAUAUGUAUUGUGCAAGCAUUGGAAUCAACUUGGAUAUUCACAACCAUCCUUCGCUAUCUCUAUUGUGUCUUUGUGAAGAAAAAAAGAAACCAUAUUUUCUUGUGCAUGAAUAUCUGUAUAUUCAUAAUCAGAAUCUUCUAUUACUAUCCUUAUCAUCACUGUCAUAAAGGAAUUAUGUGUACUUACUAAAUAUGAUAUUUGUCUACCUUUACAUGAGAAAGAAGAAAAUGGAUUAGAUUUGUUCGUGAUGAUGGUGGUGGUGGUGCUUUUUAUAUCAAUUGUAUAGAUGACUUGAUGUGGCUAUUCUCCUAUUGCCUGAGUAAGAAAGAAUGUUUUAUUGUAACCUAAAGUGCAAUCUGGCUUCGUAUGGGUGCUUCGUUACUAUGUGAAAUGUAAGGAAGAGAUACAGACGUCCUCAAAAUACAAUAUAAACAAUCUUUAGUAGCAGUGUUAUGUCUGAAGUAUAUCAGAGACUAGAAUUUCUUUCUUUUUAUAAUCUUAAUAAUGAUUAUGGUGUGCUUCCUCCUUGGAAAAAACAAUUUUGUGGAUUUUUUUGUUGUCAUUGUUGUAAAUAUAUUAUAUUACAGAUUAGUUGCUGUUGAUGCAAAACACAUGCAGUGAUUUUUGUUUUUAAAGGUGAUAUGACGGUACAGGACAUUCUAUAUGGAAGACUUAAACAAAUAAUAUCAAUCAUUGACAGUUCUUCCAUAUAUGGAGCAAGAAACAAAACUUGGAUAAGAAUGUAAUUUCAUUGACCACAUGAAAUGUUAUUAUUGUAAAAGGGUAUUAUAAAUUGUCCCGAUUCUAUGAAAUUAUAUCGUAAAAGAAUGCAUCUUUAUCUCCCCACACAAAAUGAAGGAAAGUGACACUAAAUCGCAAAGGAAUUCAAGUUACAUUUUAUCCCAUUUGAAUAUCUGUCCAGUAACAAUCUUAUUUUGAAUAAGUGCGGACAGAGAAAUUUGGGGUAUACAUCAGCAAUUACAAUUUCCUAGUUAGAAAUUGAUCUGAAUGGCAAAUGUGGAAUUGAUAUGAAUGAACCUUGUUUCUGUCACAUAUCCUUUAAAUUAAGACAAUUUGCUAGUGCAAAAUAGUGUUGUAUUCACAUUUUAUCAAGUGACAACUGCAGGAAUGUUCCAUUAUUUAUAAUUGCAUUUUUAAGUAAGUUCACAGAUGUGACUUGUUGAAUGAUGUAAUAAAAGACAAUAUCUCAAGAACAAUUCUGAAUGCAUAUAGAAAUAUAUAUUAUCUUAUAGCAUAUUGUAGAUGAAUUUUCUAUUCCUUUUUAUUACAAAAUCAUUAAAUUUAUUACGAAAUCAUUAAUUGUUAAAAUACAUGAAAUAAUGACUCGAUAUUUGUAUAAAAUGUGUGUAUAUGUACCUUUUAUCAUAGCCUUUCGAAGUAGUACCACUGCCUAUGAUGACUAUACAAGUAGCAUGACUCUUAUCUAUAGCACCCCUCUGAUGCUAUUUAUUGACCAAUGGCAAAUCAAUUUUAUUUAUGUAUUUAUUUUAAUAUCAACGAUUAGCUUAUUUAUUUUGAACUUUUAUGGUAUAUCUGUGUCAUAUACAGCAUAGAUCAUCUCUUAGGAAGAAGAAGGGAGUUAACUUGUAUACUUUAAUACAGAGUUAACGCCCUUCUGGCUUUCAGCAGUUGAGAUAUUAAUGAGGGCACUGCUCAUGAAUUAUUCUAUUAUAAUGAUUGUCAUCAGAAUCAAAUAUUUGAUGAUAGCUUUAAAUUACUGAGAGAUUGUGAUUAUGUGUUAUCAAUGAACAAAACAAACUGAAUCAGAUCUUCUAGUAAUCUUUUUAUUAUGCAUCUCGAUGAAAUGUUUUAUACAAGAUCAUGCCUUGUCUCCAUUAUUACUGCUUAUGUAAAUUAGCUGGUCUUAUCUGAAGACUUUCGAAGGUUUUUUUUUUGUGUGUAAUGAAUAUAUCUUGAGUUGUGCUAUCUCUCGUAUAGAGGGAGAAGGAUGGAGUAUGUUUGUAUUUACGAAUAAAGCAAUGUUUGUAUUUUCUUGAAUAUUUUCCUUUGUCAGGAAUGAUGCAUUUUUAGUAGGGCUUCUACUUGUAUAGAGUUGUCUUCUUUCAAUAAAAACUAGGAAUUGUCUUUGGAAAA